UAAGCCUGUGCUGAGAAAGAUGAAACAAGACAGGUGGUAGUAAAAGGGAAGCUAGAUUCAAUUUUUCAAAAGACUUGUCUGAAUGUUUGCCUUGGAAUUCCAUGUCUGAAAAUACAUCUUUAAAAGGAGUGUGCUGUUUAUGUUCAAUUUCAGCCACUGUUUUCUUCACAGCUGUUAACCCCUUGCAGUAGUUGUUAUUGUAACUGUGUUCUGAAUGCAGGCAUUCUUUUUCUUGAGAUAAUUCAAAGCUGUUUUAGAUUGGAACAAUUUUAAAUGUUUUUUGCCUUUCGAUGGUGAUGGACGUAUUCGAGUUUCAGCUGCCUCUCCAAUAUUCCUAUUUGUGGGGAAACACUUCGCUUGAAAGUGCAAAACAGAUCCUCUUCGCCUGGAGAAGAUCGCAAAAAAUAAGUACAAGCGCCGCACGCUGUGUCUGCCUGCCGAGGCUGUUUUAAGCCACUUGUGUAUAUUUGGCUUCUCGCGUACUUGUGAACGUUUCAUUUGCGCAGGGCGGGAGUCUGCAGAUCACGGAACCGAAGAACAGAAACUUGCUGAGCCACACAGCUCACUGCCUCCACGCCAACACUCCCGCCGCACACAUCUCGUGACAUUAACACUGCUGUGGAUUUUUUUUAAAAACUUCUUUGAAUUGGCCUCAAUCUACAUUUCUAGCACUGAGCACGUGUAUUGCAGGUUUCAACUGACGCUCGCCAGUGCUGAAACCGCAAGGCUCCUAGUUUGACAUUUAGCUUCGAUUGUACAUUACGCUUGCACCCCCCAAUCAAAAAAAUACUCUCCGCUCCCCACCGAUAUCCCCUCCCACCCUCCCAAAACAACGCAGGGUCUGUUGUCUCGCCGGUCCUCAAUUUCGAAAGUCGGUGCUCAAUAUGUUUGGAAAAAGCGAAUUUAACACCUUCUUCAUUCUGGCCGUUGUUUGCACAGCACUCGCCGAGGCUGCUAGGGUGAAGCAAAGACCGGAGAAAGUGGAGGUGCUCGUGGGAAAGGAUACGAGUCUCUACUGCUCGUUCCCGCUGGUUAGAGAUCAAUCUAAAAUCAGGAUCUUUUGGUGGAAAGAUGGAGAGCGGGAAUUCUACAAAGCGAGGCAAGAUCCCAGGAAAAGUUUCGAAGUGGAAUCCAAAGCGAACGGCGUGUUUCGGAUUCGGGACGUGAGAUUCCGAGAUGCCGGAGUCUAUUACUGCAGAGUGGAGGGUGAAAUCACUGGAAAUGGAACAGGCACAACUCUCACUGUAAAGGCUUCCCCAGAGCCUUUGACUAUUUCUCAAAGACAACCUGCAGAUGGUUCUCUAUGGUGUAAUACAUCUGGAUUCUAUCCUACUGACUAUACCUUGUCUUGGUAUAAAAAUGGUCAAGAAGUUAUGACUGGAGUAAAGAAUAUAAAGGGGACAAAUAAUGAGGGUCUAACUGUAGUUUCCAGUAUUUUGAAAGAGCCGCAGCCAGCUCAGCAUGGAACUGUCUACCUGUGUAAGGUGUCUCACUCCACGCUCCAAGUUCCAGCUUCGACCAAUUAUACUGUCAACAUUGCAGGCACCAGUAAAACUGCCCAUCUUCCCUGGUGGAUCUAUCUUUGUGGAGGAAUUUUUGUCCUGCUUCUGAUUACUUCAAUAAUCGUUUAUUGUAAAUUCUGUAAACGCAAAGCUCAUAAAGACAAAGUUCAAACUAAGACCUGUGUACGGUGUACUCGACCAAUAACAGCAAAGCCUAAUGAAAGAAUGAAACAGGAACCAGUAAAAGAUAGCACACAGAUGACAACGAGGAACCCAAGCAGAGCAGCAGCUGAUAUCAAUGCCCCGCCAAAGGUCAAAAAACAUCGCAAAAAGAGAAGUGAACCAAUGGGUGUUUGAUCCCAUUAAAUAAAACAAUCUAAGAAGCAUGUUAUAGUAAUUAUAGCUUUUAAAUAAUGCAUUCAAUGUUCAUAUAACCAUACACUGAGUAAUCAAAAAAAUCUUGUAUUGAGACAUCAUCAGGUUACUGCAUUUUAUUAUAUUUAUUAACUUACUAAAAUAUUAUUCUACUUUGUAAUACUGCAGAAUUUAUAAUACUUUUUUUAAUAUGGUUAGAAAUGGGUCUUCAAAGGACAUUCACAUUUAACUUUUGGAGGAAUUCAAAACGUAAAGAAGUGCAAACCCAUUUUGAGAGCUUUGUUUGGUAUGGGAUUUUCAUCUAAAUUAAAUAGCCUUAGUCACAUUUUGUGUACAGAAUUUGAGUUCUCCUUUGGCUGCCAUUCAUGCACAUUGUGUAGAAUUCAGAAUGUUAUUUAUUUGUGGAAGCUUGAUGUUUACAAAUUAUCUGCCAUGUUUCUUAUUUAUAUACAUUACAUCAGUGCUUCCUUUGGUUUAUACUUUAUCUAUGCAAGCUCCUUUUUCUGCUCUUUAUAAGCCAAUAUUCCAUUUAAGCCCAAAUUCAGCUAUCAGGUUCUAUCCCAUCCAUUAUACAUUGAAACUUGUUAUAAAUCAACUUUACACAGUUAUGCUAAACCUAAGUAUAAAUGUAUCUUAACUCAAAAAUGAUGAAAUAUGAGGGAUAGUAAUGUGAUCAGUGUUCAUAGAAAAUGCUAUAAACACUCAGCAGGCUGGCGGGAUCUGUGAAGAGAGAAACAGUUAACAUUUCAGGUCGAAGAUCCUUCAUCAGAACUGGAUAAGUGAGAAAAGAAAUUAGUUUCAAAUUGCAGAGAGGGAUUGAUUGGACCAAGGGAACAUCUAUGAUUGGGUGAGGCUGGGUUGCCAUGGGUAUAUGCAGUUUACAAAGCAGCCUGAUUGUUAGAUUAAUGACGGAAGUUAAAGAGAGAGAGGGAGUGAGAGAAGAAACAAAAGGACAUUUAAAGUUACGAAAUGUUUGUCAGGUCUGUUGCAGAGAGGUGAGCCAAAAGGAGAAUGAUGGAAAUGACCAGGAGAUCAUUCAGUAUCUGUGGAGAGAGAAAAACUCAAUUAAUAUUACAGAUGGAUAAACUUGUAGCGCUUAAAAACCCAUUCCAAAUUCAUUUGAUUGAUGUUUGAGACUCAGAUUUCCAGGGUUUGGGUAAAAUAGUGUGAAUAUUUUGGGUCUCGUAAUAAAAAUCCACCAUAAGGAAUAACAAAGACAAACAACCUUCUGCCAUGCACUACCAGUGGCUGUGAAGGCCACAAUUGCUCUCAGUGCUGAUGCUACAUUUCUUUUUGUAGUCAGUAGCAGAGAAUAUUUCUAUGUUCUGAUUUCCUAAGUUAUCUUGUACUUUGCUGAAUUAACCUCAGCUGCAGCACCCCACACUAACUGUUGCAAGCAGGCAGAGAGACAAGUGAAUCAGCUUCAUUGCCGAACUCUUUUAGUCAACAAAGCAGUGAUAAAUCAUUGAUUUCUUUUGAAUACCUUUGCAAACAAGGAAUCGCUGCUUGCUGUAUAUUUAUUUUAUAUUUGUUGCAUAUUAUAUAUGCUUUGUUUAAAUAGCUAAUGGUAACAUAAUGGCUAUUAAUCUUCACACACUCUUGAGAUAUGAGUUAUGCAUGUAAUUAGGCAGUUUGUGCAUUUGCAUCAUUUCAGAGCUUUUAUGGGUGGUUCCCUGUGAAAGCCACAAAUACAGCUAAUCUGUAGAAUGUUUGUCUCCUGAUAUUUAUGCUGUUGUUUCACUUCACUUUGAAUAAAAUUCAAUUUUCCUUUGU